AUGAGUCCCGUGGAGAUAUCACAGCCUCUAGCAAAACCCAAAGUUGCCAAAAGCAGAUUUGUUGGAAAGAAAGGAACGAAUGAUGCGUCUAUAAUUAGAGCAAAUGAUCAACCAUUAGCCAAGAAAGAGGUGAAACGUCACAUAGGAAGAGUAAUAAAUCAAAUACCUGAGGACAUUUUGAACGAUAAAGAUUUAAACGAAGCAAUCAAACUACUACCUUCAAAUUACAAUUUCGAAAUUCACAAAACUGUAUGGAAUAUACGGAAAAAUAAUGCUAAAAGAAUAGCAUUACAAAUGCCCGAAGGACUAUUAAUAUAUUCAUUAAUAAUAUCAGACAUACUAGAAGAAUUCUGUCAAGUUGAAAUUUUAGUAAUGGGAGAUGUCUCUUAUGGUGCAUGUUGUAUAGAUGACUAUACAGCUAGAUCACUAGAUUGUGAUUUCAUUGUUCAUUAUGCUCACUCAUGUCUCGUCCCAAUAGAUGUUACCGAAAUUAAAGUUCUAUACGUAUUUGUCACUAUAAAUAUUGAUGAAAAACAUCUAAUAAACACGAUAAAGAGGAACUUUGAUCAAGGUUCUCAGAUUGCAAUUUUUGGAACUAUUCAAUUCAACCCAACGAUACAUAGUGUGAAAUCAAAAUUGGAAAAUGAUUUAGAGAAACCAAUAUAUUUAAUACCACCACAGACGAGACCAUUAUCAAAAGGAGAAGUUUUGGGCUGCACUUCUGCAAGGCUAAACAAGGAACAUAUAAAGGCAACUAUUUAUGUAGGCGAUGGAAGAUUUCAUUUGGAGAGUUCAUUGAUUCACAAUCCCGAGAUACCAGCAUAUAGAUAUGACCCUUAUGAUAGAAAGUUUACACGAGAGUAUUAUGAUCAAAAGCAAUUGAUCAGUGUCAGGAAUGAUGCUGUUUUAACAACAAGAAAGGCUAAAAAGAUCGGUUUAAUCUUGGGAGCGUUGGGAAGACAAGGAAAUCCGGUAACUUUACAAAAAUUAGAGACGCAGCUAGCUGGGAAGGGAAUCCAAAUAGUCAAGAUAAUUUUAAGUGAAAUUUUUCCUCAAAAGUUGGCAAUGUUUGAUGAUAUUGAUGCGUUCAUACAAGUUGCAUGUCCAAGAUUAUCGAUAGAUUGGGGUUAUGCAUUCAACAAACCUUUACUUACUCCUUACGAAGCCAUGGUUAUGCUCGAGGAGGAUAAAAUGGGGAACGAAAAAUAUUAUCCGAUGGACUAUUAUUCCAAGGAAGGUUAUGGUAGGGGGCAAUUACUUCGUCACGAAAACAUAGAUAUUUGA